CGUCAGCAGUGACACGUCAGCAGUGCCACGUCAGCAUGACGGGUCGAGAUCUGGGCAUGCCAGGCCAACUGGCCAAUGAGUCCAUUGCGGACUAUAAACUGCGCUUCCAGGCUCAGCUCGCUUUCAUCGAGGUUGAGGAACAACGCCAACUGGCAGCCGAGGGUGCCCGCGUACAGGCUGAAGCAAUGGCAACAGCAGAGAAGCUACGGCUACAGGACGAAGCAGGCGCAGAUGCCCAGACUCUCCAAACUCGUGACACGGUUGUUGUAUGCUUGCAACUACCAACGGUCCGAGCUAGAGAAACAGAACCAGGAACUGCAGCAACAGUACCAGGAUCUGAAGACGCAGCACCAGGAGUUGGCGAACCUCCGCCGGAUGGUGCAGAGCCACGAGGAUGCUACACGGGCACUCAAUUCCCGUGUACUGGACCUGGAGCAAGCUGUACCAGUACCAGAUGCUGACCACGUCCUCGCAAUGCUCGGCGACAUCAGCACCUUCGCUGCGCCGACCACCAUCAGCAAUCAGCUGAGUUCCAGCAACUGCAGUCGACGAAUUCGGAUGGCAACAAUCCAAAGCAAUACAAGAUGCCAACCUUUCAACUGGAGAAGUUCGACGACUACACGCAUCAGGACCCGGUGCUCUGGUGGGAAACAUUCACGACGCAACUUCGGAUUCUGCCUGUCACCAAGCACACGUACAUCGGCGCCCUGUUCAUGAACUCAAAGGGCGGAUGCCAAAUCUGGUUAACCCACCUGGCAGCCACCCAUGGCGUCGACGUCGCAGAUCUGAAGGACAAGAUCACAUGGGAAGAGUUAACACGGCUGUGGAAGAAGCGGUUCAUCGUCGACAACGCUCCAGCACUAGCCAUCAACCGUCUCUUCACCAUGUCUCAGGGCAACACAGCAACACGUGACUGGCUCACGGAAUGGCAGAAGAUCGCGGCAGUGCCUGAUCAGGACUUACCAUUCACGCAUCUACGCCGUGAGUUCUACAACGGGUCAUGUGCUGCACUGAGCCAGACACUUGGUGAUCGCGAGCAAUACACCACCUUCGCUGAGAUCAUUGAUAAGGCAAGGGAGAUCAUCAAGACCAACAGGUCGGCUGCACGCGAGAAGUCAACAUGGCAGCCAACCUAUGUGGAGAAGGUGAGAACUGGUCCGCGACAGCAGCAGUUCGCUGCAGUCCAAUCGGACAACACUGUGGAAGACCCGGCAGCCACCCAAGCGUCACGUGAGGGAGAUCAGGUGGCUGUUGUCCAGCCACGAAGCAACAACAAACCCCGAGUGAACGGGAAGGCGAAAUCAGCAUCGCUGGCCGGAAAUGGACAGCCAGCACCACCAUGGGUCAAGUUCGGCUUGACCGAGGCCGAGUACAAGUACCGCGGCCGUUACGGCUGCUGCUACUGGUGCAACAACACCAAGCACAAGACCUCCCUUUGCCAGGAUCAGGCCAAGGAGGAUGUGCGGCCCCAUUCGGCCGCCUUGCUAGCGGCCUCCUACACAUCUGGGGAGGAUGCGCAUGUCGAAAGUCCUCGGUACACUUACGAGGAUUAUGCUGUCCACUUGGUUCCACUGCUGGACCAACCGCUCCACGUGCAACAAUCAACCGCAUGCACGGUUUCAUCACCAUCGGCAACCGAUUCGGCAGCUUCGCCGCCAUCUAUCGUCGGGGAUUCUACGUCAUGGUCAAGAAUUGAAGAGCUCGACCCAUUGACGUUCGCGGACUUCCAAUGGAUGCCCGUUCCCUCGACCGGACGAUUGCCGAAACCACAUUGCAACGUGCUCAUGGCACAACUGCGGGAUUACUUGCACACUGCAAUACCGAGUCCGUUGAUGGACGCCGGAGUAGAGGUUGUCGACCUUCACGCCUACAUUGAGAAGAUCGACCGUGAGUUCAAGACGCAACGGUACGACGACAUCGACGCACCAUUGCUAUAUGUACGCAUUCAGAUCGGAGAGGCGACCUGCAGCGCUUUGAUCGAUUGCGGAGCAUCUCGCAACUACAUCAGCCAGGACUUCAUGAAGAACAAGGAUUUGCGGUUGUGCAUCGAUUAUCGCAAGCUCAACGCGCUGACGAUCAGAAACGCCGGCCCUCUCCCACACAUCGACGAUCUUCUCGAGCGACUGGGCGGCGCCAAGUUCUUCUCCAAGCUCGAUCUCAAGUCGGGAUAUCACCAACUCGAGAUUCGAAAGGAGGACCGUUACAAGACCGUGUUUAAGACGCGAUAUGGGCAUUUCGAAUGGCUGGUUAUGCCAUUUGGGCUUACGAAUGCCCCUACCACUUUCCAAGCGGCUAUGACAACCGAGUUCCGACACAUGCUGGAUCGAUACGUACUUAUCUACCUCGACGACAUCCUGGUGUACAGUCGUAGUUUGGAGGAGCAUGUGGAACACCUGUGCACCGUCUUGGAGCGGCUACGGCAGGCCAAGUACAAAGCCAACCGCGACAAGUGCGAAUUCGUGCGGCAGGAGCUGGAGUACUUGGGACACUAUGUGACGCCGCAAGGCAUCCGUCCGCUUGCAGACAAGGUCGAGGCCCUACGAGUAUGGCCUGAGCCCACCAACACCACGAACGUUCGUUCAUUCAUGGGAUUGGCGGGCUACUAUCAGCGAUUCAUCACCGGAUACUCGAGGAUUGUUGCACCUAUGACGAGAUUGCAAUCGCGAAACGUGCCAUUCGUAUUCCAUGACGACGCACGCCGGUCAUUCCAAGCACUUAAGACGGCUAUGCUCAUGGCACCCGUCCUUAGCAUCCAUGACCCCACCCUGCCGACGAGAGUGACUAUGGACGCUUCCGGCUAUGGCAUUGGGGCAGUCUUGGAACAGCACAACGGCGACGACUGGCACCCUGUGGAGUAUUUCAGCCACAAAGUGUCUCCCAUCAACUCGCUUGAUGAUGCAAGGAAGAAGGAGCUGCUCGCAUUCGUGAUGGCUCUCAAGCGCUGGCGACACUUCCUCCUUGGGCGUCGUAGGUUCACAUGGGUUAYGGACAACAAUCCAUUGACCUACUACAAGACGCAGGAUACGGUGAGCAGCACGAUUGGACGAUGGAUGUACUUCAUCAACCAGUUUGACUUCACACCGAAACAUUUUCCCGGCCUCUCAAAUCGCGCAGCAGAUGCACUCUCGCGAAGACCUGAUCUUUGCCCUAUGACACAUCAUGCCUUCGCAUUCGACGAGGAGCUUCAGCGACACUUCAUCCGGGCAUACGAGUCUGAUCCGGACUUUGCCACGCUAUAUGCACAACUAUCUUAAGAUCACCCGCCGGCCAGCCACUAUCGCAUUGCCGACGGGUACUUGCUCCUCCACUCGAGAGGCAAGGACUUAUUGUGUGUCCCACGAGA